GUAAAGGAUGAGCACUCAAGAACUUAUUAUCUGUCCAAUUUGCUUCGAAAAAUUCAACAAACCCCGCUAUUUGCCCUGUCUGCACACGUAUUGUGAAGAAUGCCUGGCAAGUUACAUUUCAACGUCUUACAAGGAAGAGGAGGAAUGUUUUGUGUGUCCAACAUGUCGUUCACCCAAUCCAGUGCAAAUGUCGGACGGCAAAUCAGGAAAAGCAGUGGCUUCAAGUUAUCCAAUAAAUCAUUUAAUAAUGACAUUGCUUGAUCAACAUCAAUUGGAGAAGAAAGAGGCCAUAUGCCAACCUUGUGGUAAAAGGGGAAAAAGUGAAAGUGGCAAGUUUUGGUGUUACUCAUGCAGUGCUGCCCUUUGUGAAGCUUGUGGAGAUUUUCAUACAUCUUUACCUAUACUUGCGGAUCACAAAAUUGCCCCUAUUGAUGAUUCCAAAGAUGCAGGUAUGCUUACAGCGGAUGACCAUGACCAUUGCGAUAUUCAUACUGGAAAGAAGCUGGAAAUGUUCUGUGAAGAUCAUGAUGUUGCUUGUUGUGCAACUUGCACAAUGGUGCAUCACAGAAAGUGUGAAACAGUUUUGACAUUACAAGAUGCUGCACAAAAAUCGAAUGACAAAAAAGAAAAUGAAAAUAUGGACAGUGAAAUUGAAAAGCUUAUUGAAAAUAUUGACUCAAAGGUUGACAUGUUAUCCACAAGUUAUGAUAAAUUAGAAAAAGACUGUGAAACUCGUGGAAAUGAAAUUCAGGAGUUUAGUGAUAAGCUGAUAAAACAUUUGAAAAAACUGAAAACAGAAUUUGAAACUAAAGUUUCCGAAACUCUUGAUGCAAAAAUGAAAAUGGUUCAAGAUCGUCAACAAGCACUGCUUGAUUUGCAAACAAUGCUGUCUCAUUGUGAUAAUCUACUUCAAGCAGCUGAAGAGAAAUGUUCAAAUGUACAGCUUCUAACACUGAUACCUAAGAUAACGAAGCUUACGAAUGAGAGCGAAAAAAAGUUAGAAGAAAUGAAGAAAAGUCCUAUUAUACUUGAUUUAGAAGUCAUCAUCGAGAAAACACUUGAACAAUGUGCAACAAUAGAAACAUUAGGAAAAUUGAAGUAAAACUUUAGUUCUUCCAUUCAAUACGCACAAAC